AUGCUUCUUCUUUUUCUCAUCCAAACAUGGUUUGAUUUUAAUCGAACCGCAUUUUACCAACUACUUUCAACAAGCUUUGAUAAACCUAUAUUUAAUUUGUGUUACUCCCAUUAUUGUCCACAUUGUGUUGGACUUCCAGAAGGUUUCUCAAAUUUUAACAAAACACUUGGCGAUAGAGAUGAUAUAUACAUUUCAAUGAUAGAUUGUGCCGAAAGCCAUGAUUGUGGAAUCUUUAGAAUCCAUGGAACACCAACAAUUUCACUUGUUAUGGGAUACAACGUAAGAUACUGGCCACGUACAGGCGAAAGAGGACCGAAUGGAUGGACUCGUUUUAUAAAUAGUUGGAUUUAUCCAAGUUUACGUCGAAUUUAUAACGAAACCGAAUUUAAUCAAGCACUUGAAGAACCAGCAGACGGAGGAACAACAUUUUAUUUAGAAACACCUAGCGAAAAUCAUUCAUGGGUUAGAAUUAUGAACUAUUUUUCCCUUGAAUACAAAAUUUACAAUGAUACUUUCGUAUAUAAGGUUAAUCCAAAUAUAUCAAAGCCAGUCAUUUACGCAUACAAAAGCAAGUACUGCUAUGAAAAAUAUUCAGGCAUAAAAUUCGGAAUUCCAUUAUUCCUCCAUAAAAAUAAAUUCGGAAUAUAUCAUCGAUACGAUCGCUAUGAAUUCGAAGGCCUCUUAGGAGGACGAAGAAGGAACGCCAUAUAUAUCGUAGAAAAAGAUUUAUUGAAAUCUAACCGCGAUGCGUUAGCAGAAUUAUCAAAAGAUUACUGCCAUGGAUACAACAUUGGAUGGGCAAAUGUUGAUGAUGAAGAUGAUCGAAAUAUCCUUAAAUAUGCAAAAAUCGCAAAUUCUGACUUACCUUUGCUGAAAGCAGUCAAUUUCAACCCUGUUGCAUUAAGAGAAUACAAAGGAAGUCUUGGUGUCAUUAAAAACUACCAUUUCCUACCGAAAGUUAUAACUUAUGGAGAUAUCAAAGAAAAAGCACCAGGUUUAUACAGGUCAAUUAUAUUAACAGCUUCUACAUGCAUUAUUUAUGCGUUUUACGUGUUACAUCUUAUAUUCAUGAAGAAAGAUUCGAAACCAAACGUUGUUGUAGGCGAAUUUAAUGUUUAA